AUGGAUUCUUUGUUGAAAACUUUGUUUUUGGUCAUGUUUUGUUUGUUGUCUCCAUUGGUUACUAGUGACUUGGAUUUUGUCGAUCGGUCAGAAUUGUUGAACGUUCCCGUUUCGCAUUUUUCUGAUUCUGUGAGGUCUACUAUGGACACUGUUCAUCAGGUGAUCUCCACGUUGUCGAAUUUCACUGACAAAUUGGAUGAUUUUCGACUCUCUAAUGCCCUUUCAGACUGUCUCGAUCUAUUGGACCUUUCAGUAGAUGAAUUGAAUUGGACUAUGUUGGCUUCUCAGGCAUCAGAUGGUAAAGAAAAUAAUAGCUCUGAAAAUCUACUUGCUGACAUGAGGGCAUGGUUGAGCGGUGUAUUGAUAAAUCAAAACACUUGCCAAGAAGGUUUUGAUGGUACAAAAAGCACUGUCGAGAUUUUUGCUGGCGACGGAUUAAACAAAAUCACAUCAUCUGUCGACGACAUUCUUUCCAUGGUACGAACAACCCCAGACGGCACUGCUGAUGGUAGUGAAGGCAGUUCUGGUGGCAGGAACGUUAGGAGAAACGACAAAUUUCCAGAUCGGCUGGAAUCCUAUGAUGGGAAAUAA